AUUCAUAAUACAUGCAGUUGCCUCUUGUUAUUGCAUUCUUACUGUGAGGAAAAACAGAUAAGAAUUAGCUUAGCUAGAUAGGCUCAUAUUGCACCAUGAAGCUGGAUUUGGAAGAACAAAUGGGUGGUGGUUCUGCUCAGAGCAGCCACAUUCUAGUGUUCCCUUUUCCGGUUCAAGGUCACAUGAAUCCGAUGGUUCAGUUCGCCAAGCGGCUAGUCUCCAAAGGCCAGAGGGUCACCAUAGUCACCACCAUCUCUUCUAGUAAAUCCUUACCAACACUCAAUCCCACCUCGUUCGGCUCCAACCUCAGAAUGGAGUUCAUCUCAGACGGCUCCGAACAAGUUAAGGGUGGUUCGGAAACUAUAGAGGAGUCCAUCGAGCGUUUCCGAAUCGCAACCACCAAGUCCUUAACCAGCCUCAUGACCAAGAUCAGGAACAGCAGCGACGCGUCGCAAUACCCUCUCAAGUUUGUGGUGUACCACUCGGGGAUGCCAUGGAUUUUGGAUGUGGCGAGGCGACAAGGCAUCGAUGGGGCUCCAUUUUUCACGACUUCAUUAGCAGUUGCAACUGUGUUUCACCAUGUCCAUGAAGGAACACUGAAGCUGCCGUUAGAAGAGCCUAGGGCAAUAAUGCCGUCCAUGCCACCGUUGGAGCUGAAUGAUCUACCUACGUUUGUUUCUGAUGUCGAGUCAUACCCGGCUUUCCUUAAGCUUGCCAUGAAUCAAUACUCCAACUUGAAGAAAGUAAACUGCAUCUUCUUCAGCAGCUUUGACAAGUUGGAAAAAGAGUUACUAAAAUGGAUGGAGAGUCAAGACUGGCCGGUCAAGAUGAUAGGACCUACAAUUCCAUCAACGUUCUUGGACAAGCGGUUGGAGGAUGACAAAGACUACGGUCUCAGCCUUUUCAAGCCAAAUGUGGAGACUUGCAUGAAAUGGCUAGACUCCAAGAAACCUGGCUCAGUUGUCUAUGCAUCAUUUGGAAGCUUGGCCGACCUAAGCAUAGAGCAAACUGAGGAACUCGCAUGCGGUCUAAGAAAUAGCAGUUUCAACUUCCUGUGGGUAGUCCGAGAAUCAGAACAAGAUAAACUCCCUGAGAAUUUUGUAGAGGAGAUAUCAGGGAAGGGUCUCGUAGUGAGUUGGUGCGCACAGCUACAAGUCUUGGCUCACAAGGCAGUGGGGUGUUUUCUUACUCACUGCGGAUGGAAUUCGACUCUCGAAGCGUUGAGCUUGGGGGUACCGAUGGUGGUGUUGCCACACUGGGCUGAUCAACCGACGAAUGCGAAGUUUGUGGAGGAUGUGUGGAAGGUCGGAGUUAGGGUUAAUGUGAAUAAGAAAUCCGGUCUUGCAACAAAAGAAGAAAUAGCUGUGUGCAUUAAGGAGGUGAUGGACAAGGAAAAGGGGAUGAAGUUUAGAAAGGCCUCAUUGAUGUGGAAGGAAUUGGCUAAGGAGGCUGUGGAUGAAGGGGGAAGCUCUGAUAAGAACAUCGAAGAAUUUGUGGCAAAAGUUCUAUUAAUCUGAAUAUUGUAAGGUCAUUUGGUACUGUAUGUAAUGAUUGUGAUCGUUAAUAAAAGUUACUUAUCCUCCU